AUGGCAAACCAACAACAAGAGCGGCCUAAUCACCCGGCGAAUCUGCAGCACAUCGGGGGGCACGACAACGUCGAAGCAGGCCACCGCGACAACCUCCUCGACGCCGCACGCGUGCUGAUGCUGCUCGGAGCAGCCGCCGCCGUCUCAGCCUCAGCCUCAGCCUCAACCGAGUGCAGUAAUAGCCCCGACGCUGACGCCGCGUGGAUCUUCCUCGCUUUCGUCACCUGGCUGCUGGGCGUGUGCCUCCUUUCCUUGGUGCCAUUGGAAGGUUGGUUGCCACAGGCUGAUCGUUUGGCCGGCGCUGCCAUCGCCGGCGCCGGCGCCGUCCUCAGGCGCUUCUUCGUCCCAUGGAACUAG